AUGGCAGAGGAUCAGAAGCUUACAAAAAAGCAGCUUAAAGCUCAGAACUUCAGGAAGUCGAAAGAUGAGAAGACCGAGGAGAAGAAGCGUCCUUUGCAGUCGGAACCGAAAGAACCAGAAACGGGCCAUGCAGAGCCAGCAGUGAAGAAGCGCAAGACACGGCGUGGGAAAGGCGGCAAGGGUAAGGUUGAUUCGAACGGUAACAGAUUUCUGGUUUUCGUCGGCUCGUUGCCAAAAGGCAUAACAGAGUCGGAGCUGCAGGCCCACUUCAAAACCAGCAGUCCGGAUGUAAUCCGUCUGCGCCCUGACAAGAACAUUGCAUUCCUUGAGUUUGAUGGCAAAAAGGACCCCUCUACAAUUCAGCGGCGUAUGGAUAUCGCGCUGUUGCAGCACGGCACGCAACUCAAGGGCAAGAAGAUCAACGUUGAACUCACGGUAGGCGGCGGCGGUAACAGCCAGCAACGCCUCGAAAAGCUCCGGCAGAAGAAUGACAAGCUCAGCGAAGAGCGUGCUACUCGUAUGAAGGCGCUGAUCCAGGACAGUCGUGCUAAGAAGACCUCUGCAGAAGACGAGUCACGUGUGGUCCAGGGAGUUCAUCCAGAUAGAGCUAAGUUGCUCCAGUAG